UGGUCGAUCCGGAGCGUCGCUCGUGCCUGUCGCGCGACCUGCUCGCCGUCACCGUCGCCGUCGGCCUGCCGCUGCUGCUGCUGUUGCUGAUCAUCGCCACAGGCCGCUUACCACGUCGCGCCGAAAGUCACUAGAUCGUCACGGGCAACGGGCCGGGCAGCCGCCCGGCGACGAUGACUACUGUCGCACAGCGCGGGGCGCUCGGUUGGGUUGUCACACGGCUGCCGGCAGAUAAUGCGGCCGUCGCGGGGGGUCGCGAGCUUUAAACCGCGCUCGGGGCGUUAUCGUGCGGACGGUACGGGCGCGUCGAUACCCGGGACAUUGGAGAACGAGAAAUGCGGCACGUUCAAGGACACCGACGCGUUGCUCGCGGACGGACUCACGUUGCGCUCUACAAAGUCACUAGAGCGUGUCGCGACGGAGCGCGCUCGCCGGCGCGACCCGGUAAUCGCCGAUUUCACAGUGGCGUGCGAGUUACUCUUGUCUCUCCCUCUCUCCCUCCCCUUCUCUCUCUCUCUCUCUCUCUCUCUCUCUCUCUCGUAAAUAAAUGUUUCUAUGAAUGACGUGCAGUUGCAUGUUUCUAUUUCGACCUGCUGCGUACCAAGCGCUCGCGUUGCCCUGCCCGUCUGUUCGACGCGUCGCAUCCGAGCAAAUUGUCAACGAACAUUCUCAUCAUUCUCGUUCGCCCGAUCGCUCUCCCGAAGUCGAGCGCGAAUCGGCUAGCGAGCUCUGAGCGAUUUUCCUCCACGUUCGCGCAGUUCGCGCAGAGACCUUAUCGACGUUCGCGAGCCUCGCUAGUCCUCGCUUCGGUCCGUCGGCUCAGCGGUUUCUGUUUCCCGCUGUAUCUCUGUUUCGCGAUCAUAACGCGCGUACAUAUUCGCGAUUACGACGUAACGAUUCGCGUUACGCGCGCGCAAGUGUCAUGCGCGCGGGGGCCUGGCGGCGCGUCGCUUGGAAACACGCGGUGUAAGCAUCGGGGCUCCCUUCGGCCGAGCAUCGACUAGCGCGAUUCAAACGUCGCCGCCACGCUCGUCGUCAUCGUCGUCGUCGUCGUCGCCGCUGCCGCCGCCGCCACCACAGCCGCAGCUGCCGCCGCGGUUCACGGGGGGGCGCAAGGUGGCGAGCGGGUAACACAGCGCGCGCGGCCGAUUCCAGCGCUGCCGCGCGGUUUUAUUGGCGAAUCGCGCGGCCGCGGGAUCACGUGAACGCGCGCUGACUUCAGUUCGAACGCGCGCGCGGCUAUGUGCGUCGCGUCGGCCGCCGUGAAAUCCCGUCGAGCGCGAAUCGCAGUGGGCUGCACCACGUCCGCGUCGUCCUCCUCGUCGUCGUCCCCGGCCCCGUCGCGCCCGUCGUCGUGGACGUCGUGCGGUUGGCAGAGGCAGCAGUGUGAAUGAAGCAACGGCCGACGCUGGGGAGAUGCGACGUCGCUCAGCAUGUCGCAACGGCCCGUCGCUCCUCGUCCACUCGUCGGUUCGUGUCAAGAUUGACCAUACGAAUGUGAGUCUCGCGGGCGGCCAGCGAGUUCCUCCGACGAGGGCUAGGAAUCCGGGCUAGUGGCAUUCGCAAAGGUCCGCGUAGGGCGGACAGGAAGAAAGGAAGGAAGGAAGGAAGGAAGGAAGGAAGGAAGGAAGGCAGGAGAGGGCGAGCAAGAAGCGCGAUAGAAGAUCGCGUCGCGAGCCAGGUUGAAAUCGCGGCGGAAUCAUGGCGGGCGAGGACACGCAGAUCCUGUCGAACGGCAACGUCGAGGCGCUCACGAUCAUUCCGCCGAAGAUGGCGAACGGAAAUGGACUGAUCUGCGGCAAGCAGCACAACAACAACGGCUCCAUACCGAACGGGAACCUGCACGGGAUCGGCGGCACGGAAAACGGCAAGCUGAUCGUGCCGGACGAGAAGUCGAGCAGUCUUCACACGGAGUUCGACGACGCCGACGUGUCCUGCGGAUGGGGUCCCUGCAGGCCCCACUGGCUGCAGUAUUUCGCCACCAAGCAGGCCUUCCUCGUGACCUUCUGCAUCACCUGGGUGCUUCAAGGCAUGUACUAUACGUACUUCGUGUCCGUCAUCACGACAAUAGAGAAACUCUUCCAAAUCCAGUCGAAGACGACGGGCAUCAUCAUGUCGGCCACGGAGAUCGGCCAGAUCGGCUCCUCCCUGCUGCUGACGUACUACGGCGGCCAAGGUCACCGGCCCAAGUGGAUAGCCUGGGGCAUGAUCCUCUUCGCUGUGAGCUCGUUCACCUGCUCGAUACCCCAUUUUAUUUUCGGCGAACAGCUGAUUCACCAGAACGAAAUGCUGUUCAACGGUGAGAGCGGACCCAACAAUACCCACCCGAUACCGGCGAACCUCUGCAAGUUCCAGGAAAGGUCGGAGAACAGCACGUUGGACGGGUGGAUCCCGGCGAUGACCGCGCCGCAGACCAACUCGGUGAACUACUGCGAGGGCGACUUCCUCACGGAGCAGAGGAUACAGGGCAAGAUCACCACGGUGGUGCUCGCGAUAUUUUUCGUAUCGCUGCUCGGCGUGGGGAUGGGCCAAACGGCGGUGUACACCCUCGGUAUACCGUAUAUCGACGAUAACGUCGCCAGCAGGGAGAGCCCCUUGUACUUUGCGAUCACCAUCGGAGUACGGAUCCUCGGUCCGGCGUUGGGAUUUAUCCUGGGUUCCAUGUGCACCAUGCUCUACGCUAACCUGUCCGUGAAUCCGCCGAUCACGCCGAUGGAUCCUCGAUGGGUCGGCGCUUGGUGGCUCGGUCUGGUGCUAAUAUCGGCGAUGCUGAUGCUGGUCAGUAUAGGAAUGUUCGCGUUCCCGACGCGGUUGCCCAAGAGCAGAACACCGCCGAGACGAGCGGACGCUCCAAAGCCUAGUCUCCGAGACUUUCCUAACGCGGUGAAGAGGCUACUGAAGAACGACAUCCUCAUGUUCAGGACGGCCAGCAGCGUGCUGCAUAUCCUGCCGAUCGCCGGUCUCUACACCUUCCUGCCAAAGUACCUCGAGAGCCAAUUUCGCUUGCCAGCUCAUCAUGCGAACAUGAUCUCAGGUGUCGGUGGUAUUCUAGUGAUGGGAUUGGGUAUCAUAAUUAGCGGAGUAUUUAUCUUGAGGGCGAAGCCUAACGCCAGGUUCGUCGCAGCCUGGAUCGCCUUCACUGCGGUCGUUUACGCGAUCGGCAUGGGCGUGCUGAUGUUCAUCGGCUGCCCGAUGGACGAUUUCGCCGGGCUCGUGUCGCAUUCCGACGGGAUAUCCAACUUCGAGCCGAUCUGCGAGGCUACCUGCGACUGCGAUCGGAACAAAUUCAGCCCAAUCUGCGGCGCCGACGGCAGAACAUAUUUCUCCGCGUGUCACGCGGGCUGCUCGAAUUAUACGGUUGUUGACGGCAAAGUAGCAUCGUUUUAUAACUGUCAGUGCAUCGGGCAGAACAUAACGAUACCGGAAGCAGUGAGCACAGCGACGAAUGGUUACUGCGAGCUGGAGUGCAGUAACUUUUGGGUUUAUAUGAUCCUGUUCUCGGUCUUCGUUUUUAUCCACUCGACCAGCGAGGUGGGCUCCAUGCUGCUCAUCCUGCGAUGCGUGGAUCCCAGGGACAAGGCCAUGGCGCUCGGCCUGAUACAGUUUGCCAUCGGCUUGUUCGGCAAUGUUCCGUGCCCCAUCGUUUAUGGUGCUGUGGUGGAUUCCGCUUGUCUCGUAUGGGAGUACGCUUGCGGCGAGCGAGGCGCCUGCUGGCUCUAUGAUUCGAACGUCUUCAGGAUGUUUUAUCACGGCACGACCGGCGGUAUCCUCGUGCUGGCCUUCGUGGUGGAUAUAGUCGUCUGGUACAAGGCCGGGAGCAUAAGCUUCGUGGAGGAGCAGGAGGGCGAGGAAGGCACCGCGGAGGAAAUGGCGACGUUAAAAUCGCAGGACGCUCAGGCGGUCGAGAACGAUUAUUUGUGAAGGUUUCGCGUUACUCCUUGCGGUGAGCACGGGCGGCGGCCCGGCGAGCGCGGCGGCUGCGACGUUGUCGUCGCGAGGACGCAGGACGCAGGGCGCGGAUAGCAGUGUCGUAGGAUACACGGGGCGUCGUCCGUCGCGACAGCAAGUGCCAGUAGCUCGUUGCCGUGCUACGUGGACGCGGCGAAGGAGCGACUUGUCGGCGAUUCCGCGUCGGGACCGACGGCAUCGACAGAAGUCUAGUCUCUCGUCGACGACAGGCGACGUCUCUCAGGACGAUCGAGACGCUCGUACGGAUCCUUCCUUCUCCCGACGUGUCCACGCGCUCGCGCGUGUUACUAAUUCGAAGGAUAAGGAAGUGGACGCGCGGCCGAAGGAAGCAGCAGCUGUGUGAGACGCGUAAAUCGCAGGGAAGAGGAAAGUAAGCGAAAGGAGAGGAGGAGCAGAAGGAGGGAAGGGGGCGAUCGAACGCGCCCGGAAUAACGAAGAGGCUUCGGGAAACAAUCGCGCGAGACGCGAUGAAUCGCGCGAAGAUCGGACCGGUAGAGGUGGAAGGACGACUCGGAAGACCUUCGGACGCCGAGAACUCGGUCCCGCGCUAGCCGGCUUCCGGAUAAAUACGCCUUGCGUAGGAAACGACACGUCAAUCGUUGCUCGUACCGCGCGGUGUCCUCGCGAGUCUCGGGAAUGUCGGCCGGAGGAGGAGGCGAGGUGUAAGAGAGGAGAAAGAGGGAGAGAAGGAGAGGAGGAGGAGGAGGAGGAGGAAUAGUCGUCGGUCAACACCUCGCCGGGAUGUCAAGGCGCGUCGAAAAAUCGCCGAGAUGCGGUGGGUCGGGAGGAGGAAGUCGCGUGCAAAUAACACACGGACAAACAAACGGAGAUACAAAGCGAACACGGGGAGGUGCGCGAGCAUCUUGCCUGAGCAUCGCGGAUGCGAUAGGAGUCUCUGGAGCGCGCCUCGGCGAGUUAGGGUUUCUCUCUCAGGGAGACUGUCAGUAAUACACGCAAUAAAAAUAAUACUUCCGUGCCUACGAAAGACGGUGCUUGCGGCGAGCACGCGAUCGGCCGGGUCCGCCCUCUCGACGGACCCGGCGAGUCGAGUCGAGACGAAUCGAAUCGAAUCAAACGACGUGCGCGAGAGAGAGAGAGAGAGAGAGAGAGAGAGAGAGAGAGCCUCGCGGGUGACGGCGGCGGAUGUGCAGCCCGGCGAGUGCGGGACAGUGAGAGAUUGAAUGCAUAUGUGCGAUGCGAUGCGCCGCACCGGUGUGUUGACUGCCACUUCGGAUGACGGGAACGCCGUCGUGCGCGCGCGUCGUCUAACCCUCUAACGGUAACGUUCGCUCGUCGUUGCCGUGACGUAAGAGGAAACGCGAGGUGCUACGUCGCGUACCCGCCGCGGGAGGCGUCUUCUUUCCUCCGCUUCUUUUCUUUUUCUGUCGUCGCACGGUGUUGGUAUCAUUGAUGGGUGUGAAAUGGAGCCGACGUCGUCAGGUAUUGCCCCAAUCUAUUUGUAUCAGAAGGCGAUACGUGCACUCAUUUCGUUGGGCCGUAUUGGAGACAAAAUUUUCAAUUCGCGAAGACGUAUUGAAUUUAAAAAAUCAUGAGUUGUGUCAUAUCCGAUGUCAAUUUAAAGGAAAAAUUAGAGAUGGAUAAUAAUAUUGUUUAUAACAAUAUUGUUAAACAUAAAUCACAGAAAUGUGUAGCUUUUGAAGGGUAUGGAUUGGAAAGCAUUUUUCGGUCGUGUAGAUUCGGUAGUUUCGAAGCAAUUGGCAAUCUCAAAGGUUCAAGCGAGAGACAGAGGAAAGCGAGAGAAAGAGAGGAUCGUCGACACUCCGGCCGUACUCUCGCGAUUUUUAUUUAGACGAACGAGAGUGUUCCUCAGUAGUACGUGUGCGUCUCGCGUUUCCCUCCCGAGGGCGAGCCGCACGCUGCACGGCGCGUGCAUUAGCGCGAUCACUUCCGGAAACGCGCGAAAGGAGGAGGAGGAGAAAAGGAAGAGAGCCGAGGGAGGAAACUGCCGAUCAUUCCAUUCGAUCAGUCGUUGCGACAGGAACCUUUUUCCUCGCAGUUGGAGCGCGCAAGGGGAAGGUAAAGUGCGCAUAAUCGCGCACGUGUAAAAAGUGUAUACUCGCGUAUAUAACUGCGUAUGUAAAGUCGAAGAGGAGAAAAACGAAGAGGCAAUCGUGUCGAUUCCGGUCAGUCGGUCCUCGAGUCGUCGCUCGCACGGACGGACGUCUCCGUGUUUUCGGAACGCGCUCGCGUGCGCGCCUCUUCCUUCGAUCCUCGCGUGUGCGUUCGAUCGGUGUCCCGAGAUAAAUUUGCGUUUCCACGAAUUUCUUGUGGCGGCUGAAGCCUUUCGUGAGGAGCGUCGCGGUGACGAAGCGCCGCGGAAAGCAUGGGUCUUCGAACGGAGAAGAAACGUGGGAAACAUUUCCACAGUUACAGCGCGUCGUCAAAUUCUCCUUCUCUUUCGUUCUUCCAUCGGCUCCAGCGUCAAAGGCUCGUAUUAAUAACAAUAGUCCAAAGUUAAUUUAAGAUAUAUAAUUCGAAUCUAUAAAUUUAGAGUUACAGGUCCGAGUUCCUCGGAUGAAUCAUACUCGUAAAAUUAUAUCUGUAAUCGCGCGUCGGCUGAAAGACUCGUAUCUAAUUUUAAACUCAAAACUCCAAAUUUAAACUUUAAACUCUGAGUAGAUUUAAUAUGUGUGGCAAAUUUCAGACGAUGACUAUUGAUAUUGAUAUACUGUUAAUUCGGGCCAUGGGACGGUAUUCAUAGUCGGAUCUUAUAUUUAACGUCGUCCUAAGUUCAUCUUCAGCCGCUGUAUAGAUCGUUUAAGCUAUAUAGAUCUGUACGUAAAAUUAUACAUACUUAA